CCUCAUGAGUGGGUUUUAAAAAUGGCAGACACCAACGGCUGAUUCGUAAUUCCUUCUGUAACGUGAUGGCGGAAUCGAAUGACACUGUAGAAACGUCCGUAACGAAGUCUGAGAAAUUAAAGGAGAAAAUUUAUGCUACAGUAUUUUUAAGCACUGUUGCAAGUAUUUCUGCCCUCGCUGGAUUUGCCAGGGCAGUGGCGGCAACCAGGAAGCAGGAUCCAAAACAUUUCGGAGAUGGAAUUUCUGGUAUGAAAGGAAUUCCUGAAACUGGAGCCUCAUUAGCUAUAAGAGCCCUUGGCUGGGGUACAUUAUAUGCUGUCACAGGAUGUGGCUUAUUUUUUUAUGGAAUCUGGAAACUCUCUGGGGCUACUAACGCAGAGGAAUUCAGACUCAAGAUGGGCUCUCUAUUACCAAAAAUACCUAAGAAUCAUCCACCUCAAAGCAGAACAGAGUUUGAGGGUUUGACAGAUCUAUUGACAUAUAUUUCUGAAGAUUGGGGACGAAGUAAGGAGGAAUAAAUGUAUACGUAAUAUCUUGUUCUGGAGUCAUACUGGUCAUAGUUGACGCACUUAUAGCAGUAUUCAAAUCGCUUAAUCAGGAUCGACUGGGAUAUGACUAGGGAUCAUACGAUUGGGUCAUGGACGAGUUUACUGCAUGCAUGAAUAGAAAUGCAAAUAGCAACAAGAUUAUAUAAAACAAAUUUCAUGAAAUUGUAAAUUAAACUG